UAUUUUUCAAUUUUGCAUCUUAUUCUCCAGCACACAACGCCGCAGCCACCACAGAUCACACCAGCCAGCCCCAUCUCCAAUCUCCAUCAGCCAUUAAAGCCUCCUUCCUCUACCUCUGCUUCUUCUCUCUGCCUCAUCAGCCAGCCCCAUCUCCAAAUAAACAUGGAUGGACUUCAAAUAAAUCUUGAAUCAAGUAGCUUUGAAAUGCCUAUUAAUUUAGAAGAUGUUGCAAGUCCUAUGGAGGGAGUCACAAGUGGGCAUAAAGUGAAACGCAAGAGAAAACUCACUUCAAAGGAAUUUAAUAUUUGUGAAAUUGAAGAGUUAGGUGCCAAUACACAAAAAUCACAAUUGGAGCUUUAUUUAGAGGAGCCAAGGAUGGCUACUGAAAUUGAAUUGAAUGUGCUUGAUUAUUGGAAAGCAAAUCAGUUUCGUUAUCCUGAAGUUGCUUCAAUGGCUCGUGAUCUAUUGAGUAUCCCUAUAUCCACCGUUGCUUCUGAAUCUGCUUUUAGCAUUGGUGGACGAGUAUUAGAUCAAUUUCGUAGUUCAUUAAAGCCUAGCACUGUUGAAGCGAUAGUUUGUACAAGAGAUUGGUUAUUUGGGCAAAGAGAAAAAUUUGAAGCACAACUUGAGGAUCUUACUGAAGAUGUUUUGAGCUGUGAUAUCAAUAAAGAAGAAUCUUCAAGUCAAUGCUCUAAUUAUGCUAAUACUCAAGCAUAAGGCUGGAUUGUUGAGCACCAAAAAUCGACAUAUUUGGUUUGGAAUCUGGACAUCGAUAAAUAAAUUUGGAGCAUAAUGAUAGUUAUGUCCUUUUUCCUUUGGUUUUAUAUGUAUUAUGAUAACAAUUUGAUACCAUUUAUUUUAUUUUGUAUUGGUGUUUUACUAUUAUUAGGACAUUAAAUUUUAUGUUGGUGUAUUGAAUUUGUCUUUUUUAGCA